AUGAGCAACCAAUUCGAUAAGCUGAGGAAGGAGAUAGAUCAAAAAGUCUGUCUAGAUGACUUUAUUAAGUAUACAUAAAAAAUAGCAUCAGAAUAUGCUACCUUAUAGAUGCUAGAUUUAGGCAUUUAAUCCAUUUAAACAAGAAUAUAAUUUAAUCCAUCUGAUUCCUAAUUGAAGGGGAGCCUAGUUGCAUCCAGAGUAAAAUAGUAAAACAAAUAAACUUAAGUUUUUGAAUACCAACAUACAGUUGAAUAGUAAUUUGAAGAGAGAUUAAAUCGAUUUAGAGAAUUAAUAACAUCCCAGGUCAGAUAGUUUUGUGAUUAAGUGCAGGCUUAAGAUUUUAGCAAACCAUUUAGAGAAUAAAUUUCAAAUAAUGUAAAUAAUCUACAUGAGAAGUUGCAUCAACUUGAAUUAUAUCAAAUGGAGAUCUAAAGGCAUUUGGAGGCAAGGGAGUUUGAAAAACUCAUUAAGCAAUAUACCUAAGUAGAAGAGAGACUCUAAUUAUUGGAAAAUCAUUCGUAAGGAUUAGCAAACCUAAUUCAAGUUAUAAAUCAGCAGAAAAAAGCUGAUGAAGAAUAGCAGAAAAUAAAAAAGGAAGAAAAAAAGAAGGAGGAUCACUUAAAUUAAUAUUUGACUAUUGAAGAUUUCUAGAAGUAUUAAUAAUACAUUAAGGAACACUAUUUGACUUAAGUUUAAGGGGCUUAAUUUCUAUAAAGGAUUAAUGAAACGGAGGAUAACAUUAAGAAUAUGUUUAAUAAGGGUAUUUAUGAUAAAUUAGAAUCAGAAAUAGUUGAUAUUGAUGAAAAAUUUGGUGUAAUGUUGGAAUCUCUUUAAAAUAAGAUAAAUUAAUAAUUUCAAAAUCAAGUAUCUAAACUUAACGUGUUUGAAAUGUAAUUAGGCUCGUUUAUGAGUAAAUCUGAAGUGAUUUAGAUGCUGGACAAUCCUCAAGCCGUAAUGAAAGUGAAUUCUGCAGUUUAGAAUAUACAAGAGAAGUUCAAAGAGCUUUAUUCAAAAUAAAUUGAUAUACUGGAAGCUUAAUUUAGAUUCUCAAUCAGUAAUAUACAGUCUGCUAAUAUCACAGAGAAUGAUAAAUUAAAUUAGAGUGCUUUACUUUUAAAAAAAUGUGAAUAAAUUAGGGUCUCUUUAUAAGAGUUUUUUGGAUAGAAUAUUUAACAAAAUUUAACAUUAAAGAAACAAUAAGAAUUGGUUUAGUAAUAAUCUUAACAAUUUAAAAACUCUAACAAACUAGAAAGCAAAUAUUAGAAUCGACCUCUAUCAGUUGGAAGUAGGUAUACAAAAAUGAGGAGACAAUCUGCAACUCCAAAAGUGAUCUCUUCAUCCUUUUCAGGAGUUUCAGAGCCAUAAUUCUUUUAAAAGGUUUUGUAGAAUCCUUUGGUUUAAAAAUUGAAGAAAUGA